AUGCUUGCAAAGCAGUGUGUCGCCAUGGGCGUGGAUCUGGAAGAUAUAGACGUGUAUGGCCAGACGCCCCUAUUUUGGGCGGCAUCACGUGGUAACAUGUUAGUGGUCCAAUUCCUCUUCCAACUCGGCUUUGAGGUCAAUUUUAGGGACUACGCGAGGAAGACAGCGCUCUUUUUCGCCAUCGAGAACAGCCACCUUGAUGUGGCCGACUACCUGAUCGAACGUGCUGCGUCAACCAAGGUGCAGUCCAACCAGAAGAAAACACCGCAGGCGUUGCUGAAAGCAAUAAACCAUAAGCCUCCGCAGAGAAAGCGAAAGCUGGCUUCGCCAACACCGACUUGUGUCUGCCCUGGCGCUACAACUCGGAGCCACUUCGCAAAAUGGGAAUGGGCCCAGGCCCAAGAGGAGUCGGAGCCACUUAUCGAACGAAGCGAGGACAACGUAGUGCUGGAGAGCCACCAGUACUUUGUAUGCUCGAAUGCGAGAGGCUGUUCAAAGCGUUUGCGAUGCUCAGAGCUAGAAUUCGCAGCAGACCAUGCGCAUCUGCACCAGGAUACGAUGUGGUACCGCAGUUUGACUACCGAGCAAGCGGAGGCUUUCGUGCACGUCAACGCAGAUGAAGAACAAGCUCGAUUAAAAGUCAUUGAAGAGAUGGCGACCGGAGGUCGCCCGUCUGCCUUCACACUACCAGCAGUCUCACAGCAGACCCACACACUGGCGGGAUAUGUGCACGCAUCUUUCGCAGACCAGACUCUGGUCAUUAAGCACUGCAAAGUGGACCGCCCCCAUCAAGGUCGCGGCUUGGGAGGUCUGCUGAUCCAAGCGGCCGAGAAGCACGCUCAAAAGCUGGGAGCCGCCAUUUCAACAGUUAAACUUUCAGUGCUGGAGACCAACGAGCCGGCCAGAAAGUGCUACGCCAAGUCGGGCUUCCAAUAUUGCGGCGAAUCUCCGUCCAUCUUUCCGCCGUGCAACUGUCCUGCGGACAGUUGCCAUUGUGCUAAUAAGAUCAAGUGGCUGAGCAUGGAGAAGCGCGCACCAGCCAUCAGCUCAUCGCCCUCUCUGCUUCCACCUCCGGCACUUCCCGAAGCUGUUGGCCUAAAGUGGCAGCGGCUAUUGGGAUCGAGAGGUUUGAAGGUCGAUGAGCAACCUCUGCCCAAGCAGCAGGAGGGCCCAUUGUCGAGCGGUGCCGGCGCCGUGGAGGCGACAUUGGCCUGUCUCCGCGACAGUGACGGCUUUGCUCAUGUGGCGCUGUCUGCAGACCUCGCACAGAUUGACGGUCUCAUCGUGACCUUGCAGAGCGCUGUAACAUCUGCUGCCAACGCCUCGAGCCUAUGCUUCCAUGCCUUCGUCCUUCCCCAGCAGAAAGACUUCGUCAUCGAGGGCCUUCGAUGUGCCUUUGCGGAGACUUUGGUGGAGGAUGGUGCCGGCCGAGGUCUCUCCUGGCCCAUCCUGGGAGCCUUCCGACUCCACGGCCGGUCCCAGCUCAUCCUGCACGGUCUGAAUCCUGACCACAUCUGGGCCGAGGUUGGAAUGAACUCCACCGGCGUGCGUGCGAAUCAUUCGGCCUCUGCCAUCAUGCUUGGUGAGACAGACCUGAGCAACUCACUUCGCUCUGACACUGGGAACUUGGGAGCGGUGCACAACUUCGCGCGCUUCUCGCUCCACACCCUGCUUCCAGGACUGUCGCGAGUGGUGUAUCUGGACGUGGAUGUCGUUGUCAAGGGAGACCUCGCCGAGCUCUACAACGUCACCAUGAGCACAGUGAACGGUGCUCCGGGCACGGUGGCAGCUGUCCAGCGAAGCAACCAGCCUCUGCGGACUUAUGUCGACGUUCUGCAGCCAGCCGUUCCCAGUUGGCUGCCCAGCGAAGCGCCCUCCUUCAAUGCGGGUGUAAUGGUCAUCGACCUUGCGCGCUGGAGGCAGCGCCAUGCGUCACGUCUGGUUGCGGAGUGGAUCGAAAUGAACUCGCGCCGGCGCCUGUGGCUGCACGGAUCUCAGCCGCCCCUCCUACUGCUCUUCCAUGACGAGGUGGUAUCUCUGCACUGGUCCUGGAACGUGGAUGGGCUAGGGCAUCGCCUGAACUACCCCAAGCAUGUGCUGGCAGAGGCAAAGGUGCUUCACUGGACGGGGCCUUUGAAACCGUGGCGCCAUCACGGUGUGAACCGCAAGCUGUGGGAGCCCCACACGCGUGAGUACUGCCCGAAGUAUUCCAACCGGGAGCAUACGACGACUUGUCGGCCGGACAGCUGGUUCUGCUGA